AUGCUGAGCCAGGAGUUACUACGAAGGAUGCGGUUGCCAGAUCUGGACGAUGUAAGUCAGUACAUCAGGAGUCUUUCCACCACCACUCUGGUCAGCAUGGGGGCGGUGGCGGCCAUGACGACCUACUACCUGGCAACCCGGCCUAAGCCCCUCCAACCACCUUGCAACCUCUGCAUGCAAUCAGUAGAGGUCCAGGGUGAAGAUUUUGCACGCCGGUCAGCUCUGCUUAACACAGAUGAUCACAUGACUCAUUUCUAUGACGAUGCCACGACCAUGUAUGAGUCUUUUCUCAGAGGGGCCAGAGUCUCAAAUAACGGCCCCUGCCUGGGCUCCAGGAAACCCAAACAGCCGUAUGAAUGGAUGACUUACAGGCAGGUAUUGGACAGAGCAGAGCGCCUGGGUUCAGCAUUCCUCCACAGAGGACACUCAAAGAACGUGGACCCUCACAUCGGCAUCUUUUCUCAGAACAGACCUGAGUGGACCAUCAGUGAGCUGGCCUGUUGUUGCUAUUCCUUAGUGACAGUUCCUCUCUACGACACCCUGGGUACCGAGGCCAUCUGCUACAUCAUAGACAAAGCCAUCAUCUCGACCAUCGUGUGUGACGUGGCUGGCAAGGCCGACCUCCUGCUGGACUGUUUGAAGGGCGGAGACCACUCGGUCAGAACCAUCGUCCUGAUGGAAGCGCCCAGUACCGAGCUCACCAGCAGGGGGCACCAGGCAGGAAUCCAGAUCAUCAGCCUGCAGGAGAUGGAGGCGAUCGGCAAGGCCAACCAUCGCCCGCCAGUGCCUCCAAGGCCGGAGGACAUGGCUGUUAUCUGCUUUACCAGCGGAACCACAGGCAACCCAAAGGGAGCCAUGCUGACACACAGGAACAUCGUCUCCAACUGCUCAGCCAUCGUCUGCCUGACUGAGAACACCUGUAGGUUAACGCCCACUGAUGUCCAUAUUUCCUAUCUACCCCUGGCUCAUAUGUUUGAGCAGAUAGCACAGUGGGUGAUGAUGGUGUGUGGAGUGAGGAUUGGCUUCUCCCAGGGGGAUAUUCGUCUGCUGAUGGACGACCUGACAACUCUUAAACCCACUGUCUUCCCCGUGGUGCCCAGACUCCUGAACCGGUUGUUCGAUAAGAUCUUUGGGCAGGCCAACACCUCGAUGAAGCGCUGGCUGCUGGAAUUUGCCUUCAGGAGGAAAGAGGCAGAGCUUAAGAAAGGCAUUAUCAGAAGAGACAGCAUCUGGGAUAGGCUCAUCUUCCGGAAGGUCCAGGCCAGUCUUGGAGGCCGCGUACGUCUCAUGAUCACCGGAGCUGCUCCCAUCUCUCCUACUGUCCUCACCUUCCUCAGAGUUGCAUUAGGCUGUCAGUUCUAUGAAGGCUAUGGACAGACAGAAUGUACUGGCGGAUGCACCUUCACCAUGCCUGGGGACUGGAAUGCAGGUCACGUUGGCGCUCCCCUUACCUGCAACUUUGUGAAACUGGUGGAUGUGGCUGAGAUGAAUUACUUGGCGACUAAUGGAGAGGGAGAGGUGUGUGUGAAGGGUCCUAACGUGUUCCAGGGUUAUCUGAAGGACCCAGAGAAGACCAAAGAGACCAUUGACGCGGAUGGAUGGGUCCACACCGGAGACAUUGGAAAAUGGCUGCCGAACGGCACGCUGAAGAUUGUGGACAGGAAGAAGCACAUCUUUAAGCUGGCACAAGGGGAAUACGUCGCUCCGGAGAAGAUAGAGAAUAUCUAUGUUAGGAGUGACGCACUGGCCCAGGUCUUCGUACAUGGAGACAGCCUCCAGGCCUGUCUUGUAGCAGUGGUGGUUCCUGACCCUGACUUCCUGUGUGGCUGGGUUAAGAAGACACUAGGAAUGGACAGCAGCUAUUUGGAGCUCUGUGGCAGAGAGGAAGUGAAGACGGCCAUCUUAAAGGAUAUGGUGAGGCUGGGCAAAGAAGGAGGUCUCAAAUCAUUUGAGCAGGUGAAGGCCAUCUACAUCCACACCGAGCUUUUCUCAGUCCAGAAUGGCCUUCUCACCCCUACCCUGAAGACCAAGAGGGCUGACCUGCAGCGACAUUUCAGACCCCAGAUCGAUGAACUGUACGCUGGGAUAAAAAUGUAGGGGGAGGAGGAGGAGUUAAGAGAAGAAUAAUAAGAGGUAAAUGUAACAGAGUUGAAAAUGACCUCACUCAGAUAAAGUGAAUUCUCCCAAAAUUUCUAUUUUAACAUGUUAUUGUAAUCCAAUGCUUUUUGAUGGUUUGUGUAAACCCCAGAUGUUGUACCGCAUUCACUAAGGUUAAAUAUGAGGC